UAGAUUUAUUGAAUUCUCCAUGUUGUCUGUAUUAAAGUGCACCUCAUCUAAUAUUACAUACUUUUAAUAUUCAUACUUUACUUUUUACAUACUUUUUUCAAUAUUGGUGCAUAAUCUUUAUUUAAAAUAUCAAAGGGAUGCAACAGGCACCCAUUUCGUGGAACAACCCUUUAACAUUUGCAUUUUAGGCCCUGUUUAGAGAGAUUAAUGCCUCUUGUAAGACCCUAUGAUUAUAAUAGACGGUCGUAAGUUCACUAUCUAUUUGAUGUUCUCAUUAACACAGGAGAGAGACACGACUAUCGUGGAUCCUCUGGGGAGCCUCAACAACAUCCUGAUGCUGACGAGUCAGAGAAGAGUCUCUCCAGAUCAGAACACCAGAUGGUACAGCAUGGACAACGCUAGCCCUUCCGUCCUCCCGGAGUCCACGUGUCGUGCAUCUCCCGGUAGCACCUUACUGCUGGGUAUGAAGAGGUUGUCUGUGCUGCUGGUGGACUGCAGGAAAACAACGGGGCUGAGUGGAACUGUGAGAGGAGGAGAAGAGAAGAAAGGAUCAGAUUUGACUCAUCAAAGAGGAAAACCAAACAUGGAGGAACCAGAGACAUCCAAACCAGCAAGACGACACCUUUGCUCCCAGAUUGGAAAAAGUUUUACCAAGUUAGGAAGCCUGAAAAGACAUGAGAGGACACACACAGAACCGAAGCCACAAAAUUGCGGCCAGUGUGGAAAGAGUUUUAGCCACUUAGGAAAUCUGAAAGCUCAUGAGCGAACACACACACGGGAGAGGCCUUUCCAUUGCUCCCAGUGUGGAAAGAGUUUUAAGCGGUUAGACACCCUUAAAACUCACGAGCAAAUACACACAGGGGAGAAGCCAUACCAUUGCGUCCAGUGUGGAAAGAGUUUUAGCCAGUCAGGAAGCCUGAAAGUUCAUGAGCGAAUACAUACAGGGGAGAAGUCAUACCUUUGCGCCCAGUGUGGAAAGAGUUUUAUCCAGUCAGGAAGCCUGAAGGAACACAUGAGACUGCACACAGGGGAGAAGCCUUACUACUGCUCACAUUGUGGAAAGCGUUUUAACCAUUUAGUUAGCAUGAAAAGACAUGAGAGGAUACACACAGGAGCGAAGCCACACCCUUGCUCCCAGUGUGGCAAAAGUUUUAUGCGGUUAGACACCCUCAAAGCUCAUGAACGAAUACACACAGGGGAGACACCAUACCAUUGCACCCAGUGUGGAAAUAGUUUUUGCCAGUCAGGAAGCCUGAAAGUUCAUGAGAGAAUACACACAGGGGAGAAGCCAUACCAAUGCUCCCAGUUUUCAAAGUGUUUUACCCAUUUAGGAAGCCUGAAGGAACACAUGAGACAGCACACAGAGGAGAAGCCUUAAAAAUGUUCAGACUGUGGGAAGACAUAUUACUCAUCACAGUCACUUAAACGUCAUGUGAGAAUCCACACAGGAGAGAUUAAUGACUUCUCCUAGUGUGUAAACUCAUGUUUCACAUCACAUUGACUUAAAAUUCAUCAGAGAACACAUCCAAUUUGUAAGUCUCUCUGGAUAAGAGCGUCUGCUAAAUGACUUAAAUGUAAAUGUUAAAUGUAAUACACAGUGCUCCCAUUGUCUUAUAUUGUUGACUGAUAAUGUGUUUACCUGUUUUGUCCAUAUGAAAUUGAAUUGUACCAAGUAUACUCAAACAUAUAUUUGUAUGUUUUUAUUAGAAAACAUGAUUUGAAUAUGGAGUCUGUCAGUUUGCAUAUAGAGUAGAUCAGUUUCCAUGUGUUUAAAUGGUCCUUUUUUAAACUCUUUGUGUGUGUUUAUCUGGGUGUGUCAUUCCUCCAGCACUACAGAUAAUACAGUGAUAUUUGGAUGUGAUGCAUUUGUUCCAUUGUUUACAUUUGCAUUGUUGGCCCACUGAUGAUUUAAUGAAAUUCAAAUAUUCAGACUGUAACGGAAAAUGUUAAUUGUAUGUGUCCACAUAACUGAGUAUGUGACUAACCUUGUGAAACUGUCCUAUUAUAAUCUCCUGUUCUUGGGAGUAUCAUCCUGUGUUGCAGACCAGCUGUUUGCAUCUGUGUCCUUGUAUGAAUAAAGUCCUUUUAUGAAGUCCCAGGAACAGGAAACUGUAAAGAUAUGUACUCAUCACCCAAUGCUUCAGGA